UCAGUGUAAUUGCUGAGGUAUGAGGCGUGUCUCCUGUUUGAAUAAGUGUGCAGACUGGAGCUGAAUUAAAAAGAUGGAAUUAUUGGUGUUUAAUGAUGAACACAUUGUGUAACAGUGCUGAGACAGCAGAGUAUUAAUUAUUGCUGAUAUUUCUGUUUAAUUCUAGAAUGAUGAAGAGAAAGAGAUCAGACUCACCAGAACCCAGCUGUGUGUCCUUAAAGAGUGACCGGUCAUUGGAUCAUCCACGUCACUUCAGAGACGGAGCCAGUUCUCCUGAUGUGAGACCACAACAGAAGAAAUCAAACCUCAGCAGAAAUCAGUUGAACUCCAUAUUCAAGGAGCUGGAACACAAAGUCAUCACUCUGAUAAAGAAUGAGCUGAAGAGGUUUAGGAAGCUCCUGAGUCCAGAUUACCCAGCAUGCACUGAGAGGGAGGUGGAGGAUGAGGAGGAUCUGCACAGUGUCAGAGACGGAGCGCUGAAGAUCACACUGCACGUCCUGAAGAACAUGAACCACACAGAUUUCGCUAACACACUGCACAACAAGUCUGUGGCCUCUGUGUAUCAGCCAAAGCUGAAAUCCAGCCUGAGAGAGAAGUUUAGAAGAAUUAAUGAAGGAAUCUCACAGCAUGGAAGCUCAGCACUUCUGAAUGAGAUCUACACAGAGCUCUACAUCACAGAGGGUUGGAGUGGAGACGUCAAUAAUGAACAUGAGGUGAGACAGAUUGAGACAGCGUCCAGGAGACCAGCAACACAGGAAACACCCAUCAAAUGUAAUGAUCUCUUUAAAGACAAGUCCAUCUGAAGAGUGCUGACUAAAGGAGUUGCUGGAAUUGGAAAAACAGUCUUUGUGCAGAAGUUCAUUCUGGACUGGGCUGAAGGAAAAGCAAAUCAGGACGUCACCUUCAUGUUUCCACUUCCCUUCAGAGAGCUGAAUCUGAUGAAGCAGAAACAUCUCAGUCUGAUGGAUCUUCUUCAUCACUUUUUCCCUGAAAUGAGAAAACUACAAUUAAUAGACUCCUGCA